UUUUGAAAAUGAUAUAGGGCCCUAUUAUGACUCGCGAGUCGAACGUUCGACUCAAGUCGAACGAUUUGGCGAAUUGCCUAAGUCGUGGUAUUAUGAAAGGCGAACUUCGACGUUCGCUUUUGAAAACAAUAUUACCAACUUUAAGAAGUGAAAUAUGUAACGUCAUGACUCGGUGAAACGUCAAAGACUGAAAAUUAUUGUUGAUGAUAUAUUGUUUACAAUUUGGAAAAAAGUAAAAUAAAUAAAACAAAAUAUGAUAAGCAGUGUUGAUUUAUUUUUUGAAGAUGAAGAUGAAAACGAAAGAGCGGAGAAAGUAUUAGUGUGUAGAUUACGAAGAAGUUUUAGGGACAACUCCAACCCAGUUCAACUUCCAGAUAAUUUGUUUAUGUCAUAUUUUCGCGUAAAUAAACAUGCAUUUGGUUAUAUUUUAAACAUCAUUACACCAGGAUUUAAAACUACUCAAAGUUCUGCAAUUCCACCAUAUAUAAAACUUGCAUGUGCGUUGCGUUUUCUCGGCAGUGGAAGCUACCAAAAUGGUGUGGGAAGUGACUUUGAGCUGGGUCUUGCGCAAUCUACAGUUUCAGUAGUUCUAAGUGAAGUGCUUGAUUUACUUGAAGUGAAAAUGUGUCCUGUGUGGAUAAAGGCAGACAUGUCUACCUCUGAAAAACAAGAAGCAAGAAAUUACUUUUUUGAAAGAGCCAGAUUACCCGGAAUAGUGGGCUGUGUAGAUGGGACUCACAUUGGAAUAAUCGCUCCUGUUCAGCUACAACAUCAAUUUUUAAACAGAAAAGGAUUUUAUAGUUUAAAUGCUAUGGUGGCCUGUGACAAUAAUGGAAUUAUAAGAUUUAUUGAUUCCAGAUAUCCAGGUUCAACACAUGAUUCUUUUGUGUGGAAUCAUAGUGAAUUAAAGGAUCUUUUGGAAAGCUGGUGGUUGAAUGGAGAGCGGUCAAGAUAUCUAGGGGAUUCUGGGUAUCCUCUGCAGCCUUACCUGAUAACUCCGUUUAGAAACGCCAACUCUGACUCUAGGGAAGGUCUUUUUAAUAAAAAGCAUGCAAAGGCAAGGAAUAUUGUUGAAAGGACAAUUGGAAUUUUAAAAAGCAGAUUCAGGUCAGUCCUGAACGAGCGCAAAUUGCACUACAGUCCAAAAAAAGCUAUCAAAAUAGUCAACGUCUGUUGUGCACUACACAAUAUCUGUCGCAAAAACAACAUUCCAGAUCCUGAGAUAAUAGAAGAAGCAAACAUACAUAUGGAGAAUGGAUAUGAACCAAUUGAGUUAGAUAUGGUGAACAUAACUUCAGAAGGCAACCGAAUAAGGAAUGAAAUGUUGUCUGCUUUAUAGUUUAUAGCAACUAUCAUUCAAAAGAUACCUUUUUUUCUUUUUUAAAGUAUAUUUUUUAUUCAAGUAUGUACAUACAUAUGUAUUUAAUUUUAAAUGUCUAGUUUUGUUUUAAGAUACUUAGAAAUAACUUACAAAAUAAAGAAAUAUGUAAAAAUAAAAAUUUAAUUUCAAAAAAUAAAUAAAAA